AUGUCUCGAUUUUUCACUGGUGGCGACAGCUCCAGCGAGAGCAGCUCCGACGAGGAGGAGCUCUACUCCAGCGAGGAGGAGGGCCAGGACCAGGCACAGAAGGAUGACUCCGACGAGGACGAGUCGGAAGAGGAGGAGGACGAGUCUGAGUCCGAGUCCAGCGACGAGGAGGGCGGCCGCUCCGGCGCCGCCCGGUUCUUGCGCGGCGAGGACUCGGAGAGCGAGGACAGCGACGAGGACAGGGUCAAGACCGUCAAGAGCGCCAAGGAUAAGCGCUUCCAGGAGCUUGAGUCCAUCAUCAAGGCCAUCGAGAACGGCCAGAAGAUCAACGACUGGGGUUCCAUCUCGAAUGAAUUCGACAAGCUGAACCGCCAUGCCUCCAAGGUUGGCGAGAGCGGCAAGCCGCCCAAGAUCUACAUCCGGGCCCUCGUCGAGCUGGAGGACUUCAUGAACGAGACCAUCUCCAAGCAGAAGGUCACCCCCAAGAAGAUGAACGCCACCAACGCCCGCGGUCUCAACGCCGUCAAGCAGAAGAUCAAGAAGGUCACCAAGGACUACCAGACCCAGGUCGACGCCUUCAAGGCCGACGAGGACGAGUUCAUGAAGUCGGAGGACGAAGCCCCCGCCCCCAAGGUCCGGAAGCCCAAGGCCACCGACACCUACACAGAGGCGGCGGCCGACGCUGACGAGGAGGGCUUCUCCACCAUCGGCAAGGGCGGCAAGACCCUCCAGUUCACCCCCGAGAGCAUCUUCAAGCACCUCCGGGGCAUCAUGGAGUCGAGAGGAAAGAAGAACACAGACCGCCUCGAGCAGAUCAAGAUCAUGGAGAAGCUGUACUCGGUUGCUGUCACCCCUUACCAGCAGAUCCGAGUGCUGCUCACUCUUGUCUCGGCACGAUUCGACUUGAGCGCUGGAGGCACCGCCACCUCCAUGCCUUUGGAGCAGUGGAAGGCCGCCGAGCAGGACAUCAGCAACCUGUUUGAGGUUCUCAACAAGAACCAGGACCACAUCGUGUUCGAGGGUGCCGAGGAGUGGGAGGAUGACGAGAAGCCCCCCACGCUUCAGGACGGCGAGAAGUACAUCAAGGUCCCCGGAAGCAUCGUCUCGUACAUUGAGCGCCUCGACGACGAGCUCACGCGGUCCCUGCAGAGCAUCGACCCCCACACCUCCGAGUACAUUGAGCGCUUGACCGAUGAGGGCUCGUUGUACAACGUCAUCUUCCGUGGCCAACUCUACUACGAGCACCUCCGCAAGGACUCGUCCUUGGAGACCCCCCAAGACAGCGUCAACCGUAUUGUUAUGCGCAGGUUGGAGCACGUCUACUAUAAGCCGGCCCAGGUCGUCAAGAUCCUCGAGGAGAACGCCUGGAAGACCGCACCGGCUGGCUUCGAGUCUACCAUCACCCCGCAGGCCGAUGUCGCGGAUGCCACCAACCUCCUCAACGUUCUGUGCAACUACCUGUUCAUCAACAGCGAGGGCAUCAUCCGUGCUCGUGCCAUGCUGUGCCAGAUCUACUUCUUGGCCCUUCACGACGAGUACUACAGGGCCCGCGACAUGAUGCUCAUGUCCCAUCUGCAGGAGACUAUCAACAGCUUCGAUGUCCUGACCCAGAUUCUCUACAACAGGACACUUGUCCAGGUCGGCCUCUGUGCCUUCCGCAAGGGUCUCGUCUACGACGCCCAAAACACCCUGCAAGAGAUCUGUGGCAGCGGCAGACAAAAGGAGCUGUUGGCUCAGGGUGUCAUGAUCCAGCGGUUCGCACAGGUCUCGCCCGAGCAAGAGAGACUGGAGAAGCAGAGACAACUGCCCUUCCACAUGCACAUCAACCUCGAGCUGCUCGAGUGUGUCUACCUCACCUGCAGCAUGCUCCUGGAGAUCCCCCUGCUCGCACAGACUGGUUCUUCGCCGGAUGUCAAGAAGCGAGUCAUCAGCAAGACCUACCGCCGCAUGCUCGAGUACCACGAGCGCCAGAUCUUCACCGGCCCGCCCGAGAACACGAGAGAUCAUGUCAUGCAGGCGUCCCGCGCCCUGGCCGCCGGUGAGUGGAAGAAGUCGAUCAACUUUGUGCACAGCAUCAAGAUCUGGGAUCUGAUGCCCGACACCGAGGGCAUCAAGACCAUGCUGUCCAAGCAGAUCCAGGAGGAAGGUCUCCGGACGUAUCUGUUCACCUACGCUCCCUUCUACGACACCCUGGCCGUCACGACCCUGUCGUCCAUGUUCGAACUCGAGGACCGCAAGGUUGCUGCCAUUGUCAGCAAGAUGAUCAGCCACGAGGAGCUCGCCGCCGCCCUCGACCAGGUCACGUCGACUGUCAUCUUCCGCAAGGGAGUCGAGCUGUCGCGUCUGCAGAGCUUGGCCCUCACCCUGUCGGACAAGGCCGCCCAGCUUAUCGAGACAAACGAGCGGACAUUGGAGCAGCGCACCCAAGGAACGGCAAAUGCCUUCGACCGCAGGGGCCAGAACCAGCGCGGAGGCGCACGGGGAGGCGGCCAGCGUGGUGGCAGAGGAGGUGCAAGGGGUGGUGGCGGUCAAAGGCAAGCCGGUGGCACGCAGUUCACCGGAGGCGCAUUGGGUGCCGCGGUACGGGGUUAG